CCCUCAUAAAAAUUUAGUACGUUUUGGCAACUUACCGUUGUGGGGCUUGUUAAUUGUUCGCUAUAGGCUCAGCCGAUCGACUCCGAGCUGGCUGCGAAAUUACUUGGCCGUGGUGUCGCAGUGUCCCCUGUCGUUACGGUUGAACCGAGAAGGCGUAAGUUCCACAAAGCCAUCACGCUCAGCAUGCCGGCGCCGAGGGCGCACAGCCAGGGUAUGAUUAACCAGUACUCUGGGUCAGUACCGACGCUGCGAUUGCUCUGCUCGAUUACAGGUGGAACAACACGGGCUCAAUGGGAGGAUGUGACAGGUUCAACUCCAUUGACUUUUGUCAAUGACUGCGUCUCAUUCACGACCACCGUUUCGGCACGGUUCUGGCUGAUGGACUGCCGUAAUAUCAGCGAAGCCACCAAAAUGGCUACUGAACUAUACAGGGAAGCGAUUCAUGUGCCUUUCAUGGCCAAGUUUGCAGUAUUUGCAAAGCGAACGGAUCCAUUAGAAGCGCGAUUACGCGUAUUUUGUAUGACUGAUGACCGAGAAGAUAAAACACUGGAACAUCAAGAACACUUCACAGAGGUAGCAAAAAGUCGUGAUGUUGAAGUCCUGGAAGGAAAAACUCAAUAUAUCGAGUUCUAA